GUUAGUAGCAUAACAGCACAGCGUGGAGCUAAGUAAUUGACAUCAUAAUCAAACGUAUCUGUGUCUCUUUCCCGACAAACCUAUUUGAAAACGGAAAUUUUUUUUUAGUUUAAGACAGUAUGAUCAUGUAUUUAUUGCCGAUAUAUACAUGACUAUUAACUGAUAAAAGAAAUCAGUCAAAAGUAGAUGCUAACUAUAGAGGAUCUAGCUAACUAACCACCGGUACCUAUAAUGGCAGCUUCCAUUCCCGCAGUGAGUUCUACUCCUGUUUUAAGUCAUAAAAAACGUAAAGCUGCUCUUAGGAAGGAGAGAAGAAAACGGAAACGCCAAGCUCUCGCCCAAGCCAGAGAUUCCGGGCUGAAAGAUGAAGCUGAAGAAGAAGAGGAUGUAAAUGAUGAUGAUUGUGAGGAUAAAGGUGCUGCUGAGGAAGAAAGACUUCGGCUACAUGAAGAAUGGCUAGAAAGGGAGAGGCUUGCCCAGGAAGAGUUUAAGCUGAGAUUAGAGAAGGAGGAAGCUGCAAGGAAAAGAAAAGAAGAGGAGGAGCUGUUGAUAAAAGAAGAAUGGGAGUCCCAGCAGAGGAGAGAACAAGAGGAAAAAGAGCAGAAGCAGCAGGAGAAGCGGGACAGAGAGGAGGCUGUUCAGAAAAUGUUGGAUGAAGCUGAAAAUCAGCUCGAUAAUAAAGGACCAUGGAUGAAUCCCGAGGCUCCUGUAAAUUCAGAGAACUUUGGAACAGAACGCGACAUAGCCAACUGUCCUUUUUUCCUUAAAACUGGAGCUUGUAGAUUUGGAGAUAGAUGUUCUCGGAAGCACGUUUAUCCCACAACCAGCCCUACUCUGAUGAUUCGUGGCAUGUUCAGAACCUUUGGAAUGGAGGAGCUGAGGCGUGAUGAUUAUGACAUGGAUGCUUGUUUGGAGCACAGCGAGGAGGAGCUUCAUGAGUCUUUCCUCGAGUUCUACCAUGAUGUGCUGCCGGAGUUCAAGAGUGUCGGCAAGGUGGUGCAGUUCAAGGUCUGCUGCAAUUAUGAACCUCAUCUGAGAGGAAAUGUUUACAUUCAGUUUGAGACAGAAGAACAUUGCAAAGAGGCUUUUAUCAAGUUUAAUGGAAGGUGGUAUGCAGGCCGGCAGCUUCACUGUGAAAUAUGUCCUGUUACACGGUGGAAGAACGCCAUAUGUGGACUGUUUGACAGACAGAAGUGCCCCAAAGGAAAACACUGUAACUUCUUACAUGUGUUUCGAAACCCUGGCAAUGAAUUCUGGGAGGCCGACAGGGAUCUGCGCAUCUCUCCCGAUCGUAGCGUCAGGGGAAGUCAAAGAGACGGCUGGCAUUCAGAGCGACACAGAGAGCGAUCAUGGAGGCAGCGUCUCUACAGCAGAAGUCCAGAGAGAAGAUCAGAGAGGUCUCAUAGCAGACGAGAGGACAACAGAAGGCGAAGCAGGAGCAAAGAGAGAAGAGCCUCCCAUCAGCACAGAGAAGACAAAAGGUCAUCCAGAUCCAGACACACCGAGAGCAGGACAGAUAGGCAUCGAAGCCGAAGUAGAGACAGGUCGAAGAGCAGAGGUAAAGAUGGAGAACACAGACUGAGAACAGCAAGAAGACAUGAUGACAGGCAGCAUAAAUAUAGGAAUAUAAGUGAAGAAAGAGUUAGUAGAGAUGAAGAUGGCACACACACAGAAGCAAGAGAGAAGUCAAGGAGCACAAGUAGAGAGAAGAAAAGAGACAAGCAAAGUAAAGAAAAGAGCCCCAAGCACGCCGAAGAAAUUAAAGAUGAGAAAACACACCGCCGCCACAAACAUUCAAAGAAAAGCAAGAAGAGCAAGAAGAAACGUAAGAAGAAAAGCCACACGUCCGAUGUGACGUCAUCUGAAGAGUCAGAAAAGGAGAAAGAGUCAGAAGAAGAGACUGUGGUUGAUCCUUCAGCACAAAGUCCCAGUGGAGACACAAAUAAUGCAGAGAUAGCUCAGGAAAAAUGUGUUCAUGAAACUAACUUAAGUUCAGAGGUGAAAAGUGAACUGGCCAACAGUGAAAUCAAAAGCGAGCUGACUGAAAACCCUGACAAUGGUUUUUCUUAGUGGUUCCAGGAUUUAGAAAUGGGUGCACUUGGUCAUAUUUGGCUGGGUCAUGAAAUCACUCCCUCAUUUACAUUGUGCAUCAGACUAUAGUUUCAUACCCAUAGAUGAUCUAAAUUUAAUUUUGGUCUUAUUAGUAAAGGGAAGUGUUCAUCCAGUGGAUGUUUCUAUCAUAGCAUUGUUGAUUUUUAGAGAUCAUUUAGUAGUUGAAAAAUUUACACACAGAUAUCCACAUAAAAUACAAUAUGGUCAUCUAUACACUAAAAAGGUAAUGGUUUCAUACACGGCCUAUUAGCACUUGUCACCUCAUAUAUGUAAAUAGUUUGUUUUUUGAAGAUGGUUUGCGUUGCUUUUAACAUUUAUUCACAUGAGCUGCAGCAGUCCAUAGUAAUCAGCGAGUAAAAACAUGACAAGUGUUUUCUUGAAUACAUUUAUUGUUAAAUACUGUCAAAUAUAAGAAAGAAGUCUUGGCAGUGUUUACUACAAAAAGUGAUUCUUAAGGACAAAUCAAAGAUAAAUUUGUUCAGUAAUGCCUUAUGAAUGGUAAACAAUUCCCCAUAUGGUUGCAGAUUAAAAAUAAAUUGUCACAGUUUGGGAUGAACUUCUA